AUGGCGGCGGAGUGGAGCGUCCUCGUCCUCACCUGCCAGCGCGGCGGCUGUGUGUCCGCCUUCCAGCGAGAGCUGGAAGUACGCCGGCUGAGGGGCGGCCUGGGCCCGCGGCCCCCGCCGCUGCUCCUGGCCGUGGAGGACCCAUGGGCCCGCCUGGGCAGCGGCGGGGCCACCCUCAAUGCCUUGCUGGUAGCGGCCGAGCACCUCAGCGCCCGGGCGGGCUGCACGGUGGUGACCUCCGAUGUCCUGAAGGAAGCCCACAUCCUCAUUCUGCACACGGGCCGUGACUUCUCCUUCGAUGACUGUGGCCGGGCCUUUACUUGCCUGCCUGUGGAGGAGCCCGGUGCUGCGGCUGAAGCUCUUAUCUGCAACCUGGACAGCCUGCUGGGGACCAUGACACACCGGCUCUGUGUGGGCUCCCCGCCUGGCGUGUGGGUCUGCAGCACUGACAUGCUCCUCAGUGUGCCCUCAGCACCAGGGAUUGACUGGGAUGGCCUCCAGGGUGUCAGAGUAAUUGCAGUGCCUGGGAGCCAGGCAUAUGCCAGGAACCACGGGGUCUACCUCACUGAUGAACAGGGGCUGGUGCACAACAUCAUCUACAAAGGCACAGAGGCCCAGAUCCAGCAGUGUGCAGGGCCUGAUGGCACCGUCCCACUGGUGUGCGGGGUGGUUUUCUUCUCCUCGGAUGCUGCCGAGCAGCUUCUGGCCACCCAUGUCAUCCCUCCUCUAGAUGCCUGCACGUACAUGGGACUGGACUCAGGGGCACCACCCAUCCAGCUCUCCCUCUUCUUUGACAUUGUGCUGUGCAUGGCAAGGGGGGUGACAGAGCAGGAUUUUGUGAAGGGUGGUGGUGACACCAGUGUGAGGAAUGCCCGCUCCGUGCUGUGGGCAGCUCUCCACGCCUUCCCACUUAGCAUGGCCUGCAUUCCCAAUGCAUCCUAUGACUACAUGACCACCUCUGCGAGCGACCACAUCCGCAGCCUGACGCUCCUGCCCAGCUCUGCCAGCCACCUCUGCUUCUGCAAAACAGCCCAUUCCCAUGUGGAUCAGCCCUGUCUCCUGGAGGAUGGCUCUUCGGUCACCAACUGCUUGCUAGAAGGAGCCGUGCGGGUGGCGGCCGGCAGUGUCAUCCAGCACUGUCACCUCCAGGGUCCCCUGGAGAUUGGUCCUGGCUGCCUGCUUUCUGGCCUCACUGUAGGCUCCUCACCAGCCCUGCAGGGCUUUCCCCUACAUGACGUUGUCCUGCAGGGCCACCACGUGCAGCUGCGUGAUCUGCCUUGCCAUGUGUUUACUCUCACUGGCCGCCUUGAUGACUGGCAGAGCCCAGCUGAAAGGGCCACCUACCUGAACAUGCCCUGGGCUGAGUUUUUCCAUCGGACAGGUGUACGGGAAGGGGACCUUUGGGAUGCUGAGAUGCCACAGGGGAGCCGCUGCCUGCUGAGUGCCCGGCUCUUCCCAGUGCUGCAUGCCCACGAGGCACUGGGGCUGGAGGAUGUGCUGUGGCUGCUGGCCCCAGUGGCUGGUGAGCGGCUGGCACGCUGGCGGGCGGCCUGGCGCAUGUCCUGGCAGGAGCUGCUGCCCUGCCUGGACAAGGCGGCUGAGCUGGGUGCCCGCCAGGCCCUCUUCUUCCUGCAGGGCCAGCACAAGGUGCGGCGUGUGCUGCUGGGACGCAAGGACAGCAGCCUCCUGCCCCUAGCCCGCAGUGCUGUCCAUGAGGGCUACCAUGAGGCUGUGUUGGGCACACUGGAUGAAGUUGCCUCCACAGCUGGUGACGCUGGCAUUGCAGCACGGGCACUCGCCUGCAUCGCUGAGGUGCUGGGCUGCAUGGCACGAGGGGAAGGGGGCUUGCGGAGUGGUCCUGCUGCCAACAGGGAGUGGGCCUCAGCUUUUGGGCGCCUGGAGAGUGGGGACAUCGCCGGCGGUGUCCAGGAGCUGGCUGCUGAGCGGCAGAAGUGGAUGAGCAGGCCAGCUCUUCUGGUGAGAGCAGCUCGGCACUAUGAGGGGGCUGAGCAGAUCCUCGUUCGGCAGGCAGUGAUGUCCUCGUGCCAGUUUGUCACUGUGGGACAGGCAGAGCUGCCACCCCUGGGGCACUGGGUGCAAGUGGUGUGUCCAGCCCGCCUGGACCUCUCUGGCGGCUGGAGCGACACACCCCCCAUCACCUAUGAGCACGGUGGGGCUGUGGUAGACGUGGCAGUGCUGGUGGACGGGUGCUGGCCCAUUGGUGCGCAGGUGCGGCGCAUCAGUGAGCCAGAGCUGCGCCUGGUCAGCCUUGGUGGGACGCCGCAGAGUGAGGCGGUGGCGGAGCUGGUGUGCCGGGAGCUGGAUCACUUGCGGGAUUACUGCCAGCCACAUGCACCAGGAGCCCUGCUCAAAGCUGCCUUCAUCUGCAGCCAAGUUGUGCAGUUCCCCUCACAGAAACCCUUGCAGGCCCAGCUGAUGGAGAACUUCAGGGGUGGGUUUGAGGUGCACACCUGGUCCACACUGCCCCAUGGGUCUGGCCUCGGCACCAGCAGCAUCCUGGCAGGAGCGGUGAUGGCAGCGCUGUACCGGGCAGCUGGGAAGACUGCCAGCACUGAGUCUCUCAUCCACGCCGUGCUGCAUCUGGAGCAGAGGCUCACAACAGGUGGCGGUUGGCAGGAUCAGGUCGGUGGGCUCGUGCCAGGCAUCAAAAUUGGGAGGUCAAAGGCCCAGCUCCCACUCAGGGUGGAGGUGGAGGACAUCCAGGUGCCCGAUGGCUUUACUCAGACUCUCAAUGAUCACUUGCUGCUGGUGUACACGGGGAAGACACGCCUAGCUCGCAACCUGCUCCAGGAUGUGGUGAGGAACUGGUAUGCCAGGCUGCCCUCAGCUGUGCAAAAUGCUGAUGCGCUGGUGAGCAACGCCGAGGAGUGUGCCCAGGCCUUGAGGCAAGGUAACCUGUCACUCAUUGGAAAGUGUCUGGACUGCUACUGGCAGCAGAAGAAAUGCAUGGCACCUGGGUGUGAGCCGCUGGCUGUUGGGCGCAUGAUGGAUGCUCUCCGGCCCUAUGUUUAUGGGCAGUGUUUGGCUGGGGCUGGCGGCGGUGGCUUCCUUUAUGUCUUAACCAGAGCCCCGAGGCAGAAAGAGGUCUUGCACCAAAUUCUAGCCAAAACUGAGGGACUGGGCAAUUUCAGCAUCCACAGCGUUGAAGUGGACACGGGCGGUUUCUCGGUGAAGGUUGUGGGAUGUGAUACAGAAGACAGUGCUUGCCCUGGGGAGCAUAUGGCUGUGUGAAAGCCUUUGCUCUGACUUGUUCCUGGCAGGCAGACAGGGCAGGAGAGGCAGCAGCCGGCUGCCUUUCAAAGCAGGGACAUCUCUGCUGAUUUAGAGCCUUCCAAAGCAGGGACAUCUCUGCUGAUUUAGAGGCUGCUGCUUCAGACGGCUCCAGUAGGUGCCUUAGGUCUUUAUAUGGCCUUUUUGUGCUACUACAUGCCCCAAAAGUCACAGAGGCUGGAAAGCUGUCACAAGUGGCACAGGCAAAACCAUCCCUAGAAGGGAAGCUUAGCCAGAAAGACAGCUUGCUAGGGCCUCCAGGCUGAUUUGGGGGUUUCACUCCAGCUUUCAUAGUUCUCCAAAGGGAAAAGAAUGGGCAGUUGUGAUGCUGCUUCUAGCAGGGACCUUCCUGCUCUUCUUGCAGCAGAGAUUGCCCAACUGGCACACAAUGUUCCUGCACCAAGGAUGUACCUGGAUGUGGAAUCAAGUCCUGCCCAUGCUCAGAGAGUAUUUCUGCAGUGAGUUACUUGUCCCUGUAGUCCCUUUGAAUAAAGCAGGUUGUUUCCA